CCUCUCUAUCCGCUACUUCUACAACGUACUUCUUCUUCCCUUUUCCUGGCCAGUCUGGUUCUUGGUUGUUGCACCCAUAACACACCUGUUAUUCUGGAGUACGCCUUCUCAAAUCGCAUCGACAUAUGCAUACGCAGUGAGGGUGAACUUUCGACAGCUUAAUCCUUUUUGUCUUCUUUAUGUCCUUCGAGGCUUCAUUAACGGCCUUAUGCCCCGCAGCCGCUGGCCGACACCGCGUCGCAUAAGUUUCUAUGAUUUCCUAGAAGUCGUCUUGGAUAUCCUAUGGUAUUUGUUCUGGUGUCUGGGGUACGGCAUAAUUUUCAGGGUUUAUUGCAAUGCGCUCGUUAGGUGUAUCAAGUACACGCUGGUUAUUUUUUUGGUAAUUGUCGCGUAUCACAGUAUUUCCAUUUGCUCUCAAAAUCUGAUACCCUAUUAAGCCGCGCAUAAGGCUUCGAGCAGUGUGAUGAGUGGAGUUAGUUAAUUUACAAUGUUUCGUCGUCAUAUUGUUUUAAGUUUCAGUUAUAUAAUACAUUUUCCC